AUGGAAAUUGGUCUGGCUAAAGGCGAAGCACGACACAAAGAAGCAAUUCUUAAAGUCAAGGAAGAAGCGAGAGUGGAACUAGACAUUGAAAGACAAAAGCAGCAAGAACUGAUCACAAAAUACCAGAGGGACCAGGAGGAGCUCCAGAAGAAGAUACCGGGUUUAAUAUCCAGUGCCACCAAUAGCUUAAGGAUGGAGACAGAAAUUCUUGAAAAGAAGCUACAAGAUGCCCAGAUCAAACUUGCAGAGAAAGAUGAAGAAAAGGAAAAAGAAAUUCAGAGCCUUAAAAGACUGAUUACUGAACUUGAAUUUCAGCUGACAAUGGAAAAGAACAAUAAUGAAUCAGUUCUGGAUAAUAUGAGGAAAGAAAUUAAACACAAGUCAGAUGAACUGGAAAAAUUAACCCAGGAGAGGACACAGCUGAUUCACAACUUGAGUCAAGUUCAAGAGGAGAACACUCUCCUCCAGGAGACGGUGCGCAGAGAGUGCGAGGAACGCUAUGAGCUGACUGCAGCUUUGACUCAAGCCAGGGAACAAGUACUGGAACUAAAAAAGCUCAGUGGUAACUUCCUGUUAUCGCCGUGUUCCCUGGCUCAGGGCAGCCUAACCUCCUCUGCUGCCCUGCUCGCCGAUUACGGACAGAAGAGCCGCACGAGCCCCGGUGCUGGGCAGGACAUCAAUCUCUCCGGACAGUUUGCUAUUUCAAGAGCUGCUAAGGCAGCCCCCUCCAGCAAGCGCAGCGGCAGCGUGGGCUUGCCGGCCCUAACCCCCCCACACCCGCCAAGAGGAAGGGCGGCUUCGCUGAAUGAGCCCAGGAGCGGGAUUGCUGCAGUUAUGAGAAGACAACUGAGUCAGCUCUGA